AAGUACAUUUCAUAGAAUUUAGCAGUGAGAAUUAUGGAGGUUUGAAACAUAAUAGAAAAUAUGAAAUGGAGCAAAAAGUUGAUAAUAAUAUGGUGAUGAAAAAGUUGGUAAAAAUAAAUGGACAAGCAGCAGAAGCAUCAAUUAGUACUGGUUUAAGUAUAAAUCUGAUAAGUAUAAAUUAUGUGAAAAAGCAAGGGCUUACCUGGAGACGUUUGAAAGAGGGAUUAACCAUUGGUUAUAUAGACAAUAAAGUCAUUGGAUGUAUUUCAGACAUUGAUGUUGCCAUAUGUGGUGUUGGUGUACAUUGUAAUAUCACAUGGAAAAAUGAAAAAUAUCGCUAUACAAUUCGAUCUGGCUAUAACAAAGCAACGUUUGUGAUUCCAGAAGAAUCUAUGAGUAAUAAAAUAAUGGUAGAUGAAGAAUAUGCAAUAAAUGACAAAGUAAAAAAGAAUAGAAUUGUUAGUAAGAUGAAUGAAAAGAACAUUAAUAGAAAUGGACCUGACAAAAAACACAUACCUGAUAUUCAAAUGGUGGAUAAUAAAGAUCUGAAAGAUUACAGAUGCAAGUUCGAAUGUAUUGAUAAAACUGUUAAAAGUAGUGUAAUAGAUGUGAAAUUUGAUAAAUUGAAUCAAAAGAAUGAAACAAAGAUCAGAAUCAUACCUGAGGGCUCGCAUAAAAGGAAGGUGUUUGAACAUCAUCAAAAAUUGUGUGAAGAAUUAUAUAGUUAUUCAACUUACCCAGCAACAAAUAAUACAAAUAUCAUAAAAGCUAGAACCACAAAUAGUCAAAUCUAUAAAUUGCAGAAGGAAUCAAGCAAUAAAAUGCUCAAAACCCAGUAUGCAGUUUGGAUAGAAACGUCGAACAACUUUGAAGUCUACCUAGUUCUACAAAACUAA